AAAUAAAUAGAAACCUGUCUUGCCGGCUUUCAGCGUCCUCUUUCCCACCUCUCUAAAACAACCAAAAAUCUUCCAAAUCAUCGUAACAUAACCCCAAUUCUUUGUAAUUCACGUAUUUUUGCAAACAAUGGAAGUGAUGGAUGUUGUAGUGCCCGAAAAGGAUGAGGGAAGCCCUGCUGAAAUCAAGCCCAACCUCCAGGACUGCGACAUGGAAGACCUGUACACCAAAUACAAGAAACUGCAACAAAUGCUCGAAUUUCUCGAAGUCCAAGAAGAGUACAUCAAAGACGAGCAACGCAACUUGAAGAAGGAGUAUCUCCACGCCCAGGAGGAGGUGAAGCGGAUCCAGUCGGUGCCGCUUGUCAUCGGCCAGUUUCUGGAAGCCGUUGACCAAAAUACUGGGAUUGUGGGGUCAACCACCGGGUCGAAUUAUUACGUCCGGAUUUUGUCAACGAUUGACCGGGAAUUGCUCAAACCUUCGGCCAGUGUGGCUUUGCAUAAGCACAGUAACGCCCUUGUGGACGUCCUCCCGCCUGAAGCUGAUUCCUCGAUCAGCAUGCUCCAGGCUGAUGAGAAGCCUGACGUCCAGUAUAGCGAUAUUGGAGGCAUGGAUAUGCAAAAACAGGAAAUUCGCGAAGCUGUGGAGUUGCCCCUCACCCACUUCGAGCUGUACAAGCAAAUUGGGAUUGACCCCCCUCGUGGGGUCUUAAUGUACGGGCCUCCAGGCUGUGGCAAGACAAUGCUGGCCAAGGCAGUGGCUCACCACACCACUGCUGCGUUCAUCAGAGUUGUGGGGUCGGAGUUCGUCCAGAAGUACCUAGGGGAGGGGCCUAGGAUGGUUCGGGACGUGUUCCGACUGGCUAAGGAGAAUUCACCAGCUAUUAUCUUCAUUGACGAGAUUGAUGCCAUUGCUACUAAGCGGUUUGAUGCCCAGACGGGGGCCGACAGAGAAGUACAAAGGAUUCUCUUGGAGUUGCUCAACCAAAUGGAUGGUUUUGAUCAAACCACCAAUGUUAAAGUUAUUAUGGCUACAAAUAGGGCUGAUACCCUCGACCCGGCCCUGCUUCGGCCGGGCCGUUUGGACAGGAAAAUCGAGUUUCCAUUGCCCGACAGGAGGCAAAAAAGAUUGAUCUUUAGCACCAUUACGUCAAAAAUGAACUUAUCGGAAGAGGUGGACUUGGAGGAUUUCGUUGCCCGACCUGACCGUAUUUCAGGUGCUGAUAUUAAUGCCAUUUGUCAAGAGGCAGGAAUGCAUGCCGUGAGGGAAAAUCGGUAUAUUGUGCUGCCGAAAGAUUUCGAAAAAGGCUACAAAAAUAAUAUUAAGAAGGAUGAAAGCGAGCACGAAUUUUAUAAAUAAAUUGUUUAAGGUCUUUUUGCUUAUUUAAUUUUGUAUGUGUAACUAAUGUCUGAAUUAAAAUAGUAAUAACCGA